UCUGCUUGAUCCUGUAGAAGACUGCUCUCCAGCCUGACAGAAUGGUCGACCAGUUUGCAGGCACCUGGAAGCUCGUUUCAAGCGACAACUUUGAUGAAUAUAUGAAAGAGCUGGGUGUGGGGUUUGCCACCAGAAAAAUGGCAGCUGUAGCCAAACCCAGUGUAACCAUCACCAGGAAUGGCGAUGUGAUAAUCAUCAAAACAGAAAGUACCUUCAAAAAUACAGAGAUCUCUUUCAAGCUGGGUGAAGAGUUUGAUGAAACCACAGCAGAUGACAGGAAAACAAAGAACGUUAUAACUCUAGAUAAUGGCAUACUGAACCAGGUGCAGAAAUGGGAUGGAAAAGAGACUAUAAUAAAGAGAAAAGUGGUGGAUGGAAAUCUUGUUGUGGAAUGUACGAUGAACAAUGUAAUCUGCAAAAGAGUUUAUGAAAAGGCAUGAAGAAGCCAUCAUCACACAGG